AUGCUUGGCUCGAUCUAUAGAAAGUCUGUCACUGGUGCUGCUCGCACCACCGUCCGGGGUAUGCACUUCAAAACCCCUAACACCAAGUACGGCUCCAAGUACACGGUUACCCUGAUUCCUGGUGACGGUAUCGGUAAAGAGACCGCUGAGGCCGUCAAGACCAUUUUCAAGGCGGACAACGUGCCCGUUGAGUUUGAGGAGAUUGACGUCACCGGCGAGGUUUCCGGCUCCGAGCUGCCUGCCGAGUACCAGGAGGGCUUGCGCUCGCUCCGGCGCAAUAAGGUCGGUCUCAAGGGUAUCCUGUACACCCCUGUUGUCCGCACCGGCCACCCUUCGUUCAACGUCCUGCUGCGCAAGGAGUUGGACAUUUUCGCGUCUGUCUCGCUCUUCAAGUCGAUCCCCGGCGUGCAGACUCGCCAGAAGGACAUUGACUUUGUUGUUGUUCGUGAAAACACCGAGGGCGAGUACUCGGGUCUCGAGCACAUGCCCACCCCCGACGUUGUUGAGUCGCUCAAAAUCAUCACCGAGUACAACUCUGAGCGCAUUGGCCGCUUUGCCUUUGACUUUGCUGUCAUGAACCAGCGCAACCGCGUCACUGCCAUCCACAAGGCCAACAUCAUGAAGCAGGCCGACGGUCUCUUCCGCAACACCGUCAAGGGGCUCGGCACCGACUACCCGCAGAUCGAGGUCAACGACAUGAUUGUUGACAACGCCUCGAUGCAGGCAGUUUCGCACCCCCAGCAGUUCGACGUGCUGGUCACCCCCAACCUCUACGGCACCAUUCUCUCUAAUAUCGGUGCUGGUCUGGUCGGCGGCCCCGGCCUGGUCCCUGGUGUCAGCAUUGGUCGCGACUAUGCUGUUUUCGAGCCCGGCUGCCGCCACGUCGGUCUCGACAUCAAGGGCAAGAACACCGCCAACCCCACCGCCAUGGUCCUCUCUUCCGUCAUGAUGCUGCGCCACCUUGGUCUCGACGAGACCGCCGACCGCAUCUCCAAGGCCACUUACAAGGUUCUCGAGCAGGCCCAGGUUCGCACCCCCGAUCUGGGCGGUACCAACACCACCACCGAGUUCACCAAAGCCAUUCUUAACGAGCUCGACUAG